AGCAUGUGGUUCGAACAGUUCUACUCUGGAGUCAUCACAACCGCGUUUGUAGCUGGAGCCUGCUACAUGUCCUAUCCAUUCAACAAAUGGGAUGUCGGAAGAGCUUUCCGGCGUAAUUAUUGUACUCCACAAAGAGUUGAGCUGUCGAAAAGAGAUCACCGACUUACAGGAAAUCAGUAUCGCAUUGCCGGACUUGAUGCUUUCCCCGAAAAGUAAAAUCGUCUCGGACCCUGCUUCUUCUAAAAUCGAUUUGAAUGAUAGGACAACUUGUAGCGCGGAACCCAAUCUUUUUUUCGUGAUUUUUUUAUCCAAAAAUUUAAAUUUUUCGAGUAAAGUGUUCCUCUC